CUCAUUGCUUUAACAGUAAUUAUUUGACAGAGACUAAGAGAAAAGAAAGCAAAAGAAAAGAAGAAAAAAGAAACGAAGAUGGGAAUAGCAGUUGCAGGGAUGGAUUUCCUAAGCGAUAGAGCAUCAAUGAUGAGGGAAGCUCUCCAGAAGAGCCAAACCAUUACGGACAACGUCGUCUCCAUCCUCGGCUCCUUCGACAGCCGCCUCUCCGCCCUCGAAACAGCCAUGCGACCUACUCAGAUUAGAACUCAUGCUAUAAGGAAAGCUCAUGAGAAUAUAGACAAGUCUUUGAAGUCUGCGGAAGUUAUUUUGGCACAAUUUGAUCUAUCUCGUCAGGCGGAGGCUAAAAUACUUAAGGGUCCCCAUGAGGAUCUAGAAGGUUAUCUGGGAGCAAUUGAUCAGCUAAGAAGCAACAUUCGCUUUUUUAGCAGCAACAAGAACUUUAAGAAUAGCGAGGGGGUGAUUAACCAUUCUAACACUUUACUUGCUAAAGCUAUUUCAAAGCUAGAGGAUGAGUUUAAGCAGCGAUUAAAUUCUUAUAGCAAACCUAUUGAGCCUGAUCGUCUGUUUGAUGGCCUUCCAAAUUCAUUACGUCCGUCAUCAGGAUCACCUGGAAAUCAAGGAGAACCUGGUGGGAGGGGUCCAUCUCAUAACCACUCUGAGCAUCAAAAUGUUGACUUGGAAACUGCUGUGUAUACUCCUCCCACUCUUAUACCUCCUCGAAUUAUACCAUUGCUGCAUGAUCUAGCCAAGCAAAUGGUCCGAGCUGGCCACAACCAGCAGUUACUCAAGAUCUAUAAAGAAACUCGUUCUUUGGUUCUGGAAGAAAGUCUCCGCAAAUUGGGAGUUGAAAAACUUGGCAAAGAUGAUGUCCAGAAGAUGCAAUGGGAGGUUUUGGAGGCAAAGAUCGGAAAUUGGAUUCACUUUAUGCGUAUUGCUGUCAAACUACUAUUUGCCGGAGAACGAAAAGUUUGUGAUGAAAUGUUUGAAGGCUUCGAUUCUCUUAGUGAUCAAUGUUUUGCUGAAGUUACUGCAAGUAGUGUUUCUGUUCUACUUAGUUUUGGUGAGGCGAUUGCAAGAAGCAAGAGAUCACCAGAAAAGUUAUUUGUACUUUUAGACAUGUACGAGAUAAUGAGAGAGCUUCACUCUGAGAUCGAAACAAUUUUCAAAGGUAAAGCAUGCAAUGAGAUUAGAGAAUCUGCAUUGGGCUUAACAAAGCGUCUUGCCCAGACAGCUCAGGAGACCUUUGGUGAUUUUGAAGAAGCAGUUGAAAAAGAUGCGACAAAAACUGCUGUCCUGGAUGGAACUGUCCAUCCUUUAACCAGCUAUGUGAUCAAUUAUGUGAAGUUUUUAUUUGACUACCAAUCAACACUGACACAACUUUUCCAGGAAUUUGAAACUGGUGAUGGUAAAGUAUCUCAGUUGGCUUCUGUAACAAUGAGAAUUAUGCAGGCUCUUCAAACAAAUUUGGAUGGAAAAUCCAAGCAGUAUAGAGAUCCUGCUUUGACUCACUUAUUUCUCAUGAAUAACAUUCACUAUAUGGUGAGAUCUGUGCGCAGGUCUGAAGCCAAAGACCUGUUAGGGGAUGAUUGGGUCCAAAUACACAGGAGGAUUGUGCAACAGCAUGCAAAUCAAUAUAAAAGGAAUGCUUGGCAAAAGAUCCUGCAGUGCCUAUCUAUACAAGGAUUAACCUCAUCUGGAGGUGGUAGUUCAGUAGGUGAUGGAGGCAAUAGCAGUGGAGUUUCCAGAGCAUUGAUUAAAGACAGGUUCAAGAUAUUCAAUAUGCAAUUUGAGGAGCUUCAUCAAAGACAAUCUCAAUGGACAGUGCCUGACACAGAAUUGAGGGAGUCCCUGAGGCUUGCAGUUGCUGAAGUUUUGUUGCCAGCCUAUAGAUCAUUCCUAAAACGCUUUGGACCUCUUGUUGAGAAUGGGAAGAACCCUCAGAAGUAUGUCAAGUAUACAGCGGAGGACCUUGAACGAAUGUUGGGAGAAUUCUUUGAAGGCAAGAAUAUAAAUGAACCAAAACGAUAGUUUAGAUCCUGCCGUUUUUGAGAAGUCGCUGAGAUGAUUGUUUUUUCUGGUAUGUAGUCCAAUAUCGUAUAUCCUUUGCUUGAAUGUCUGGUGGUUCUGCUUUCGAAAAUAUUUGUUAAUCAUUGGAUUGCUAAAAAAAUUGGAAGUUGUUGUGAGAAAAGUAAAUCAAAAAAGGAAAAUGAGGACGCUAAGGUGAGAAUAAGAGAUUCAAUAUUUGUUUGUAAAGAAUGGGUCUUGUCUAUAAUGGAUUCAAUUUCCCUCA